CUUAUACCAAAUCUAUGUUCUUCUUUAGUCUCCUUUUUCCUUUUUUAUAAUUUGAUUGUUCUACUAUUUUUUAGAGAACAAGCUUCAAAAUCCUAUAUAUGAUCUUCUUUGCUCUUAAAAUUGUCUUUUCACAGUCUAGAUUUACUUGUUUCAAAAGAUUUGUCCUAAUUUCUACUUGUUUUCUUUUCCUUUCUUCCCACACAACCAGAUAAUUUUUUAAAAGUCUCAUGGUUAACGCUUGUUAAUUAGGAGAAUAUGAAUUACUUCCUUUCUUUUAGUUGUGUGUCGGCAAGAGAUUAAAUUAAAUAUUUCUAAUAUAAAUUUGAUCUCAACCAUAAUUCAAACGAAUAGAAAAUAUGGCAGAUCUGGAGCCUUUUUCAAGAACCUUUGUUCAUGCUUUUCUUGGAUUCUUGUUUUUGAUUGAUCAAUUUUGCCCUAAAUAUUCAUGGUUUUGUAGCAUGUCAAACAUGGCCUACCAAAUGGAGCUAGGAGGAGAUUCCUCUCCACAGAGGAAAUCUGCAGGGAGAGGAAAGAUCGAAAUCAAACGGAUCGAGAACACAACAAAUCGCCAAGUCACUUUCUGCAAACGCAGAAAUGGUUUGCUCAAGAAAGCUUACGAACUCUCUGUUCUUUGUGAUGCUGAAGUCACACUCAUCGUCUUCUCUAGCCGUGGCCGUCUCUAUGAAUACUCAAACAACAGUGUAAAAGGGACAAUCGAGAGGUACAAGAAGGCAAUAUCGGAUAAUACUAACACCGGAACCGUGGCAGAAAUUAACGGACAGUAUUACCAACAAGAAUCGGCCAAAUUGCGUCAACAAAUUAUCAGCAUACAAAACUCGAACAGGCAAUUGAUGGGUGAGACAAUAGGGUCAAUGUCUCCCAAAGAGCUUAGGAAUUUGGAAGGCAGGUUAGACAGAAGUAUUAAUCGAAUCCGAUCCAAGAAGAAUGAACUCUUAUUCGCUGAAAUUGACUACAUGCAGAAGCGAUCUAUGCAGGAAGUUGAUUUGCAUAGUGAGAACCAGCGUCUUCGUGCUAAGAUAGCUGAAAAUGAGAGGAACAAUCCAAGUAUGAAUCUUAUGCCAGGAGGAUACGAACAGACUAUGCAGCCGCCUCAAACGCAAUCUCAACCGUUUGAUUCACGGAACUAUUUCCAAGUCGCUGCAUUGCAACCUAACAAUCACCAUUACUCAUCCGCAGGUCGCCAAGACCAAACCGCUCUUCAGUUAGUGUAAUAUUGGGUGGAAGCCUUCAGGGACGAGGAGUGAAUAAGAACCAGGGAUUAGGUUAAGGAAUGAGCAAUAUAAAGCUAAUGCAGUGUUAUUAUAAAUGUGUAAUAUCUAUAUUUAUAUUUCACGAGUGUUGUGUCAGUGAUUUCUAUACUUAUUUAAAUUGCUUAUGGCGAUGUGAAAUUCUACCUUAAAGACAUGUCAUUAAUGUGUAUAACUGUAUUUUUAGUUCAAAUGUUUUACUUUACCAAUUCA